UGAUACCCAUCGCAGCGCUGUGGAUUUGUCGGCAGGCAUCUGUAAAUCUUCUCAUUCAUGUCGCAUGCACCCUAAAGUCGCCUCGAAAUCUCUGCGUCGCGUCGGCGCUCCGCUGCGUUGCCAACCGUCACCCGAGUCGCCUGCAAAUCAGUCGCAUUCACUCACGUCUGGCUGCAUCGCGUCAGCCACCCAGUCAUAAUCUGCCUGAGUCAUUCCACAUCGCUGCCCCAGUGUUAGCACCUCCCUUUGCCGCUCAUUGCUUGCACCAUGGUCGCUAGUCGUAGACGUCCAUUCCAAAUCGAAGAUCCUACUGCAUCCGAUCCAGACGACGGCGAUUACGGAGCGUCUUCGCCGCAGCAGCCCAAAACGCCCCGGCGCUCACGCACCACCAAAACCCCCAACAAGAAGAGCCAACCAAAGAAGAAGCGCGACAGAUACGGUGGUGCGAACGACGAUAUAGUCGAUACGGAGGACGACGACGACGACGACGACGACGUAGACGAAGAGUCGUUUGCCGGUUCCGAAUCGAGCGAGCAGUCAGAAGUCGAAGUCAACCACCGCACCGGUCGCCCCUCCAGGUCUGCAGCCAAGAAACCGAUUAAAUACGAGGAACCGAGCGAGGAGGAUAUUGUCGAAGAAGAAUCGGACCGUCCCACAACUUCUCGAGCGAAAAGAGGCAGCAAACAGAAGCCUGCCUCGCUGAUCGUCAAACUGAAGGUCCCAAUUUCCAGAAACACCCGCUCGAGGUCCACUCGAGCGGCUAGCAAGUCUUUUGGUCGAGGUACUACCCCAGAGUUUGUGGGUACUCGUAGGAGUAGUCGCAUCUCUCACGAUCGCGAAUUACCGCUCGCCGCCCUAGGAGAGUCUGGAAAAUACGCCGUUACUGUCCGCCCGGGCACACGAAGCCCUGAACCUGAAGCACCGCAACACCGCCCUCUCCAUCCGAGCCAAGGCCGCAAAGGACCCGUCAAGCAUCCCAGUACCAUCAUAGAAGCAUCGCAAGAAACCUCGGGGCCCUCGAUGCUCGACGCUGAAGGUGAACCUGACGUCGGAGGUGAGCUGGAGAAGCAGGUGGAACCAAGCCAAGCUGUCAACAACAUGGAGAUUCAGUACGAAACGGUGGAGGAUCCUCAGCCUGAAGAGGCUGUCAUACAGGAGUCGACCCAGGAGGAUGCUGAGGGUGAAGAAGACAGUGAUGAAGGUCCUGUCACUCGCAGUCGUAACGUGAGGACUAUUAAUACAGUUGAAGAAACCACGGAGGACCGACCACGGACUAGAGGCGCCUUGAAGCGGCGCGCCGUCGAUGAAAGCAGCGACUUUGAGCCUGUUGAUGAUGACAAGCAAGAGGAAGAGGAUGAGGCCGAGUCCGAUGUCCAUCCUCGUAAGCGCCAAAAGAGUUCCACCGAUGAUAGCAGUUCGCGCAGGCAAUCGGCUCGCUUGGCUGGUAAAACUAGAUCGUCGCAGAGGAGCCGCCAUAACUCUGAAUCCGAAGAUGAGUUAGAUCAGGAUGAACUCGCCGACGAGGCAGCUGACCUGGAGCUUGAUCGCCGAGAACGCCGCCGGACCCGCAACACUCGUAGAGAAAAGGCCGUCUACGAGGACGAUCAACCGAAGCUCCGCAAAAGAAACCAAAAAGUUGACUAUCGCCUUCUUCGUCCAGAGAACAAUAUACAGUUCGACGAUGAUGACGCCGCCCCUGCAGCAACUCCGUCACGUAACAGGCGCACAAUGGUAGGCGGUUACCGUGGCGGAAUGCUUCCGGUAGGAGGUCCAUUUGGCGGGUUUCUUAGCAACGGCCCUGAAGCCGCUGGUGGAGCAGAUACAAGCGACAGUGAAGACGAAAUUCAAAUGCCGACUGGCGGUGGCGGCGUGAUUGGCCUGGCCAGUCCAAAUGCACCAGGAAAAAAGCCUACAGCCUUGGCACAUAAUGCCGAUUCUAAGCAGAAAGGGCUUGGAGGGGGACCUGCUAACCUAGGGAAGCUUGACAAGGACAGAGCAUUGUCGGACUCCAACCCUCUUGGCGUUGACGAGAGUGUCAAUUUCAAAGGCGUUGGUGGUCUCGAUGAUCACAUCAAUCAGCUCAAAGAAAUGGUCACUCUCCCACUGCUCUAUCCAGAACUUUUCCAGAGGUUCCAUAUGACACCGCCACGCGGUGUCCUUUUCCACGGUCCUCCCGGUACUGGUAAGACGCUGCUGGCUCGUGCUCUAGCGAACGCCGUCAGCAGCAACGGGAAGAAGGUUACGUUCUACAUGCGCAAGGGCGCUGAUGCUCUGAGCAAGUGGGUUGGUGAGGCCGAAAGGCAACUCCGCCUUCUCUUUGAGGAUGCCCAGAAGAACCAGCCAAGUAUUAUCUUCUUCGAUGAGAUUGACGGUCUUGCUCCUGUGCGGUCAAGCAAGCAGGAGCAGAUUCACGCUUCCAUUGUGGCGACUCUGUUGGCUCUUAUGGACGGCAUGGAUGAUCGUGGUCAGGUGGUGGUUAUUGGUGCAACCAAUCGCCCCGACUCCGUUGAUCCGGCUCUUCGUCGCCCUGGUAGGUUUGACCGCGAGUUCUACUUCCCGCUGCCUAGUCAGGCCGCCCGUCGCUCCAUCAUCGACAUUCAUACCAAGGAUUGGAACCCGCCUCUCCAGCCCGAGUUCAAGGAUCAGCUCGCCGACAUGACCAAGGGCUAUGGCGGUGCUGACUUGCGUGCCUUGUGUACGGAAGCGGCUCUCAACGCGGUGCAAGGCACAUACCCGCAGAUAUACGGUUCUACGAAGAAGCUCAUCAUUGAUCCAGCCCAGAUAAAGGUUUUGGCAAAGGAUUUUAUGAUAUCGAUCAACAAAAUCGUUCCGUCCUCCGAGCGUUCAAACAACGCUGCUCCUGCACCGCUUCACAAAUCAAUCGAGCCUCUUCUUCGAAUGCAGCUCGGCAACAUCUCCCAUGUCAUCGACCGGUUAAUUCCGCAAAAGAAGAAGUUGACCGCCCUAGAGGAGGCCGAGUUCGAUGAUCGCGAUGACGCUUUUGCUUUCGAGCGUGCCAACAUGGAACGCGAUUUUGACCGCGCCAAGAUCUUCCGCCCGAGACUUUUGAUUCAAGGCGUGCAAGGUAUGGGCCAACAACACCUCGGCUCAGCAAUUCUCCACAGGUUUGAGGGUAUGCAUGUGCAGUCUUUUGAUCUUCCCACUCUGCUUGGAGAUACCGCAAAAUCCCCGGAAGCCUCUAUCGUCGAGCUCUUCAAGGAAGUGCGUCGUCACAAGCCUUCCGUUAUUUAUAUCCCCAACGUCAACGUGUGGUAUCAGACCGUCAGCAACGAAGUCAUGAGCCUUUUCAAGAGUCAACUCCGUGCUCUUCCGGCCAAUGAUGCUGUUCUGGUUCUGGGGAUGAUGGAACUUGAGCACGAGUCUGAAAAGCUUGAUCCCAGCAUGUUGAGGGAUUUGUUUGGAUAUUCCACAAAGAACAUCUACAAGGUGCAGCGUCCGGACGAAGCCUCACGUAAAGAGUUUUUCGAGAACGUUAUUGCUUUGAUCCGCAAGCCGCCAACAGAGUUCCCCGAUCCAAACAGGAAGAAACGCCAGUUGCCUGAAUUGGAAGAAGCACCGGAGCCCAAGGAAGAGGAACAUCGGCCGACUCGCGAAGAGCUUCAAAAUCACGUGUUGUCAGACCGCCACGUGCUGAACUGCCUGAAGAUACUUUUGCAACCCAUCAUGGAUCAGUUGAAGCUCAAGUACAAAAAGUUCCGUACGGGUAUCGUCGAUGAAGCAGCACUAGCUUAUCUCUGGGCUGAGCUGGACCCUAACUAUGUCAAGUCUGAUGUACAGCAAGAGAGGCCGUACGAGUGGGCAGUGGACAAACAUGGUCGGCAGGGAUUUGUGGACACCGCCUCCCAAAAGUUUUUCUAUAACAUGGACAUCACUUACAUCGAGCGCCGUUUGUCCAAUGGCUUUUACAAAACGCCGGGCGACUUCCAAAGUGAUGUUUGGACUAUAGUGAGAGACGCUAAAUCGUUUGGCGACACUGAGAGGCACCUGAAAGGCAACGAGAUGCUUACAAACGUUGAAGUUGACAUCCAGAUGAUCAAGACGAAUAACCCUCAGCUGAUCUCUGAUCUGGAAGGCGUUGCUUACAGGGAUUAUUGGAGAGGUGUUUACAAGGCGGAGGAUGUCAAAAAGAAGCAGAAGAAGAAAGAAGCGGGCAACCAAGUUGUCGAUGUUUCCAACACGACUGAUGAGCUCUCUGGCCCCAUCACCCUCGGCGAAAAGUUGCCUGAACCUCAUCCGCUGCCUCCUUCCACACCGGUCCGCCGAAUUGGACCAAGUUCCUUGUCGAAUGGAUAUUCCACUUCUGACAACACGACCGUUCAGCGCCAGAGCAACGGAACGGGAAGUAUCACCAAUUCUUUCCAGCAUGAAGGCGACAGUCAUGAGAACGACAGUCAAGAGCAGGAGUCUCAAGAGCAUCGCGACAAGCGGCCCCGGCUCGACGAAGGAGAAGCUGCGAGCGGUCUCGACACGCAGCAACGCUCGCAGAAGUCGUCUCAUAUGCAAAUGGCACCAAACACGCAGCCCGGAGACUACCAAAACAGUGCCUCGACGACUACGUCCGGACAAAAGACUUCGGACCGUUCGCACCGCUCUUCGGGUCCAUUCCAAAACUCGCAGAGCACCACCAAUGGCGUGACCCAAGGCCUACACCCCGACUUCGCAUCCGGGCCCGCCCAAACUGGCGGCUCCCAGUUGCCGGAUACUCAAGAAGUCCUUGCCUCAUCCCAACCCACCAACUCACAGCCCUCACAAUCAGAGCAACAGCAACAACCCCACACGCUUGGCGGCAGCGGUAACGGUGGCGGCAUUCCGCCCUCGAACCAGCAGAACCACACCGCGCCGAUAACCGACAUCCUCAAUACAGCGGCAGAGGGGGCGGUAGAGGAGACAGGGGAGAAGCUGCAAAUAAUGCUGGACGAGUCGGCCGUGGCGAUACUUUACUCCGAGCUGGUGCGGCGGAGCUCGGGGCUGAGCGUCGAGCAGCUGGAGCAAAUCAACGCGGCCAUUAUGGACGCAAUUUGGGAGUUCCGGACCGACUGGAACAGGAACCACGUCUGCAAAGCGGUAGCGACUGCGUUCAAUGAGGUUAUCGAGGACAUUGAGACUAUGCAGGCGAUUUUGCCGCCGUCGCAAGAUAAGUAAUGUGGUUGUAUGUGCGCGGCAUGCAGCGAGCAUUGAAAUGAGCGUUGGGUUAUGGUUACGUCGACGGCCGAUACCUAGGGAUGAAGUUUUGUCCGACAGGCUGUAUCAUAGAGCUUGAAAAGCUGGUUGUGGUCGAUCUGGUAUCGGAUUGACGGACGAGGGCGGACGGACUGCUUUUCUCCCCUUUUUCCUUUUGGCACCGAAAACUCUCUUGCAUGGAGGUCUGUCGUCAGAUUCUGGUUUUUCUCUUUCCUUAUCUCUCUUGGGACAGUUUUUUUCACGUUUACAUACGGCAAUGUGACAGCAGCGGCUACAUAGUUUUCUUGAGUUUUGGGAGGGCGGGAGGUCUAGAGCUUGCCUGGCUGGUCUCUGCUCACUUUUGUCUUUUUUGUUUACAUCGCGAUCACGAGGGCGAGCAUGAGCUGAUGGGAAACAGCGAGAGAAGAAAAGAUAGCAUUGAUGGAAGAAACAACGACUAAGU